AUGUGCGAACUCAACAACUUAGUCAUUACAGGAACAACAUUUCCUCAUAAAUCAAGACACAAGAUCUCCUGGAUCUCACCCAAUGGAAAGACGGAAAACCAAAUUGAUCAUGUGCUUAUUUCGAAACAACACAGAACAUCUAUCUUAGAUACAGGGGCGAUGAGAAGAGCCGAUGCAAGAAUUGAUCAUGAACUGAUAAAGAGUAAGAUCAGAAUAAAAUUGAAGAAACAAAAGCAAAAUGCAGACAUAGGCAGAAAGAAAUAUGAUGUUACAAAACUACAACAGCUUGAGAAAAGGAGAACAUUCAUAUUGGAGCUGAAAAAUAGAUUCCAAGUGCUAGAAGGAUUGGAAAGUGUUGAAGACAUCUGGGAAAAUAUGAUACAAGGUUACAACGAGACAGCAGACAGCAAACUUGGAGUAAAAGAAAAGGAAGAAAAACCAUGGAUAAGUAGUGACUCUUGGAAGGUGAUAGAAGAGAGGAAGCAGCUAAAACUCCAACUUACCAACAGCAGAUCAGAAAGGUUAAAAAGAAGCUUAAGAAAUAAAUAUUCAAUUAAAGACAGAGAGGUAAAACGCAGUAUGAGGAAUGACAGGAGAAAGGGGACAGAAGACAUGAUUACAGAAGCAGAAAGAGCAGCUAGUAAUGGGCAUAUGAAGACGGUAUAUGAGAUAACUAGAGUGCUAAGUAAUGUGAAGAAAGGCAUGACAACGGCAAUGAAGGAUAAAGAGGGCAAGAUCCUGAGCAGUCAAGAUGAAAGAAAGAAAAGGUGGAAAGAGCACUUUCAAUAA